CCCACCCCAUCUUUUAACUCUAGUCCACUGUCAUUAUCGCUUCCUUUCCAAUAUCACAAGAAGGCCUAGUGUUUCAGUCACUAAGAAGCUUGCAGAAGGUUGAUUAAGCAGAUGAAUUGAGUUGCUGAGUAGCUUGCAAAAAUGAAGAUUCACCGAUAGAAGCUGAGGUCUUGAAGAAUUUUCAAGUUUGCGAUUCCAGCAGUGGUGAUGCAACCUAGCAGAUUCUAUAUUUUGUUUUCAGCUUUUGACGAAUAAUUUUGACAAACAUUUCUAAUUUCAGUUGAAGAAAGAUGUUCGGCGUUUUGGAAUUCUGGGUUUUGUCACCAGUCAUGAAUUAUAGUUGGACAAGUUAUGAAUUCUGUGUACCGUAUAGGACAAUGAAAAUCUUGUCAAAGAUGUUCAAAGUAGUUGUGGCAGGUCAGGGCGGGUCUUACCUGCCCCGUGUGGGUCAGGUUAUGGGUCGGCCGUGUCAAGCACGUGGCGGG